UACCCAAAUACAAACAUAAUACUAUACAUAUACGAUACAUAACACAAAUAUUACGUUUAUAAACAAAAAGUCUACGUCUCAGGAGUCACCUGAGCUAUCGCGAGAGUUUCCGUGAAGUGCUCGACGAACCGUCUGCGUCAUGUUAGCUCGCCAGUAGCUAGCUAGCUAGCUAGCUAGCAAAACAAACAGAACAGCUGACUCGAUGCCCCGUCGGCGUCUCACAGGUGUGUUGAGGUUUGACUUGUGUUUGGUUGUGGUGACGUCGGCUGCCGACGUCACAACAACCGCCGCACGUCAGACUGAGCUGAAACCUUGAGGAUGAGGAAGAGGAGGAGGAGGAGGAGGGUGCAGUCCGUCCUCUGACCUCUGACCUCCGUCUCUAUGGAAGAUGUGGUUCUGCACCAUCAGUCUGGAUCGGCAGACGGACUCCGCUCUCUGUUGGAGAGGACAGAGAAGCUUCUGGAGACUUUCCCCUGUAGGCCUCCUCCGGUCUUCAUGCCCUGGUUCCCAAGUGCCGCCGCAGGCCCCCGGCGGCAAAUCAGACCCGCCAAGCCAGCUCCUGUCAUCACCUCUGCAGGUGAAUCCGUCAUCACCGAAGACGGUCCACACACUCGCAAAUCAGGGAACCAACGACACAAACCGAAAGCUGGCAGCCUCGCUGCCAAAAGACGCCUUGAUCGUUUGCUUUCAGAAAGUCCACCUGAAAAAACUCAGAGGAGCGAAGAGGCCGUCUGCGUCUCAGAAACCCCCAAGCUUCUCCUCCCGCCGCCACUCCGUCACAGAGCAGAGGGAGCGAUCUCGCCACAGAAACACAAAGACGGCGCCUUCAGGGCCUCGCCGCUCGAACGCUCCUGGAGUGCCGCGAUGCCGAGAGGAGUCCCGCCUCAGAAGUCCCUGUCCCAACUGUUCGAUCGCGUGGUGUCCGCCCACAGGCUGCACCUCCGCCAGCGGGCCAAGUGGGUGAUCAGAGAGCACAACUGUGGGGCGGCGCAGGACAUCGAGCAGGUGUGGCGGACUCUGAGCCGGUCUGUGCGCCGAGCCGGGAUGCCCACGUGCAACGCCAACAUCCAGCGGGACCGGGCGGAGAUCUGGGUGUUCUGCGACGUGCUCUACUCCGAGCAGGUGGGACGUCUCUUGAAGGCCGAGCUGCAGCUGACGGGGACGAUCGUCCUGUCGGUCCACCGGCAAGGAAACGUCUUCAGCAUGUAGACGAGGUGAAGCGGCGGCGACACUCAGGUCUUUAUCCACGUGACGCGUUUGACAGGAUUUGAAAUACUGCGGCUGUGGAGAAGAGGGAACAUUUGGAACAUAAUUAACGACGAAUAUGUUCACAUUGAGGACGUCAACGUGAAGCGGGAUCCGUGGUAACCAUGGCAACUGUAGGUGUUUUCAAGUCUGAUGAGCUGGUUCACUAAGUGAAGUUGAGUUUCGCUCAAUAACAAAUGUAAUAAAAUCCCUCUCGGCUCAGAGAUUCCGAGUUCCGAGGUGUAAUGGAACGCAGCGUGACAACCCGGAGUGAAGUGAGACAGUUGAUAAAACCACAGUUCAGGUUAUGAGAACAGAACCUGGAUUUGUUGAACCUGCUUCAGGGUCCAGGCCCCAGGAUCAGGUGUUUCCAGCCCACAGAGUCCUGGUUUCUGUAUGGGGCUGGAAUAUUAUAUCCAGGUUUCAGCUCUCAGUCACGCUGACGCAUCCAUACAGGAGACUGACGGAUUGUUACACUCUGAACAAGAGGAAGUAAAGUCGUCCUCUGGAUUCAAGCAACCUCCUGAUCACAACCAUGUGAACAACAUCUCCUCUGAAUGAUGCACAGACGUGAUGCAGAACUCCUUCAAUAUUUUAUUUCAUAAAGAUUAACUUGAUAAAUAAAUGAACUGAAUAGAAAUUAAAACCACAAACAAAGAUGUUGAGUAUUUUAUUGUGAGAUGAAAUCCAGUCUUUGUUGGUUGUUGUCAUCACCCUCUGAUGUCAAUAAAGGUUUGAUGUUUUA